AUGCUAGCGGAUGAGCAUGCGCCUCUGCGGUCCAGGACAGGCCUGCGACGGCUUCGAGACAUCGUCAGCUCGCCCCGUUUGACACGCCAGAGGGGCCGAGACAAGCUGCCGCGUGCUUAUGCCAGCAAGCCGACGCAUUCCAGCCUUCCGACUCCGCCGCCCAAGGGGCUCCUUCUGCAAGCGGCAGGCACCGAACUUACAAGCCCGAGCAUCUUGUCAAGACGUAUGACCGGUCCAUGCCGCCUCACCAGGACGCCUACCCCAAGGUACCAAGUAGGUCCGGAGAACUGUGCCUCAGGUAUGACAGCGGCCAAGGGGCAUGGCGCGAGGUCUCCAUUGCACCACCGCCGCCGCCACCGAAGCUCUCACGGGCUCAGCGGGGUUCACGGUCGCCCUACUGCUGCAUCGAAACUCUGUCGCCGUCCAACUGAAGCAGCAAUGCACGGGUGCCCUCCCGCAGCGUAUGGAAUAGAGUGCGUCCUAUGUCGAAGAAUGAAGGCGGGGCGCCAUGGACGUGCCAAUCUUUUGGCGCUGCAGAUCGCUUACCGGACGUCCGUCGGUGCCGCUCCAGCGACGCUGCCGACUGGCCACCCCGCGCCAGCGAGACGCACGGCGGGCGUGGGGACCGUUGCAUGGCAAUGGCCGACCCUGGUCCGGCCCAGCCACUGGCUUCUGGUGCCAGCCUCUGCACCUCGCACCACCACGAAGAAAUCGACCAAGACGAGACCGCACAGCGAAACGCUGCCGGUCUAUUCACACGACGAGGAGUCUCGAGGCCCUUCGGAAGCCACGGGGCGUGGUGCGGAGGCGCCCGGGCCAACAGAGUUCUUUGGUCGCAACUCAGCCGUGGCCUUGGUCGCCGAACGCGGCAUAGCAGGCGUACCACUGGGUGAGGGGUUGCAUCUCAACGCUAGCCCGCCUGACGGCGAGUGCCAGAGGACGAGGUACCUUACAGAAGCGUACAGUGCCUGGCUGUACCUUGCUAGGCUCACGAUCGGUCCAGGCACGGCAUCGGUGGCGCGAAGCUGCUUCGCAGAAGAGGGGCCAGCUCUGGGCCCUCAGUUGCUGCUCCCACCCUACUUCCUGGCCUGCCUUGCCUGCCUCCCAUCUGCUCAGAAGGCUGUCUGGACCAGCUCCACCAGCUUCGAGCGCCCAAGCCAGGACUGGCCACUCAGAGCGAGUCGGAUAAAGUGGCUUCUCAUGCCGACGAACACAGUACCGUGUCGCAACUUCACAGCGGCGACAUACAGCACGGAGUUGCGUGCUGAAAGAAACGCUCUUGCCCGAGGGAUGAGAAGCUGCAAUCGAGGCUGCUUCGGGUGGGAUACGGAUGAGUGCUGUCCCCUGGUCCCCCACACGGGCAGCCAGAGGUCCCUGCGACCAGGCUUACCAGCACUAUUUUUGUAG